UGAAAUCACAGCUCUGAUCAAUCGGAGAGCAAGUGGUGUUGCCAAGUCUUACCUGUUGGAGAGAAACAGUUACAGUUUCAGAUUUGUGGCUCUUUCCUUCUGCAAGGACUUGAGACUGUGGAUUAGGCUACAUUUUUAGUUUCCUCGUUUGAAUGGGUCAUCGGAUCAUUCUUCUGAAUUUGCCUGGAUGGGAUGCACAGUGAGUUUUAUCUGUUGCGAAGACGAUUUCCUUCAGAUGCCUUUGGACCAACAUGUGGAAAAGAAGAAAGAAGAAAAGACACCUGUAUCCAAGCCGGAGGAGUUUGAAGCUGUCCACUCCCACACCUUCCGGGUGAAGACGUUCAAGAAGGGCAAGCACUGUGGCGUUUGCAAGCAGACCGUCAACAAGGAGGGACUCAUCUGCAGAGUGUGCCGGUUAACGUGCCAUAAGAAAUGUGAGGUGAAGGUUUCUACAUCGUGUGUCCCUGCUACUAACUACGAACUGGCUCCCAGUAACGACAUCCCCUUGAAGCAUGUAGAGACUACGGGCUCAACAAAGUCCUCCAAGAGCAUGGAGUCCCGACGUAGACCAUCAAGGAGCCUCAGUUUGAUCCAGGCCAUGGAGGAGAACUAUGAAGUGGACCUGGUGUACAUCACAGAGCGCAUCAUCUCUGUGUCCUUCCCCAGCAGCGUGGAGGAGGAGAGCUACAGCGCCAACCUGAAGGAGGUGGCCACUAUGCUCAGGUCCAAACACGGGGACCACUACCUGCUCUUCAACCUCAGUGAGAAACGCUAUGACAUCACCAGACUGAAUCCCAAAGUGCUUGACUUUGGCUGGCCGGACCACCAUGCCCCUGCCCUGGACAAAAUCUGCAGCAUCUGCAAGGCCAUGGACACUUGGCUGAACGCUGACAGCCACAAUGUAGUGGUUCUGCACAACAAGGGAAAUCGGGGGAGAACUGGUGUGGUGGUGGCAGCCUACAUGCACUACAGCAACAUAUCAGCGAGCGCUGACCAGGCCCUGGACAGGUUUGCCAUGAAGAGGUUUUAUGAAGAUAAAGUGCUUCCUGUUGGCCAGCCCUCCCAGAAAAGGUAUGUGCAGUACUUCAGUGGACUGUUGUCAGGACAUAUCAAGAUCAACAACAAGCCCCUGUUCCUGCAUCAUGUCAUCAUGCAUGGCAUCCCCAACUUUGAGUCCAAAGGAGGUUGCCGCCCUUUCCUCAAGAUCUACCAAGCCAUGCAGCCGGUCUACACAUCUGGGAUCUAUAAUGUGCAGGGAGACAGCCAGACCAGCAUCUGCAUCACCAUUGAGCCUGGCCUGCUCCUCAAAGGGGACAUUCUGCUCAAGUGCUAUCACAAGCGUUUCCGAAGUACCUGCAGAGAUGUCAUAUUCCGGGUGCAGUUUCAUACCUGUGCGGUGCAUGACCUGGGAAUUGUCUUUGGAAAAGAUGAAUUGGAUGAGACAUUUAAAGAUGACAGGUUUCCUGAAUAUGGAAAAGUAGAGUUUGUGUUCUCCUUUGGACCAGAGAAAAUGAAUGGUAUGGACCAUCUCGAGAAUGGCCCCUGUGUAUCAGUGGACUACAAUACCCAGGACCCCCUCAUUCGCUGGGACUCCUAUGAGAAUUUCAAUCAGCGUUGUGAGGACUCCAUGGAAGACGUCAUUCACACACAGGGCCCUCUGGACGGUAGCCUCUACGCCAAAGUCCGCAAGAAGUCGGAGUCCCUGGACGGCACUGUCACCGCCAACGGCCUCCCAGCGGCUGUCGAGCACGCCCUACCGGCUGCGGACCACACGCUCCCUCCUGGUGACCACGCCCUGUCGGUGAGCAGCGACUCGGGCAACUCCACUGCCUCCAUCAAGACCGACCGCACCGAUGAGCCGGCGGCUAGCCAGCAGCCGGCAGCAGUGAGCCAGCCGCCCGCCACUGCUCUCGCGAGCGAGCCGCCCGCCCUGGCCCCCCUCCAGCAACCCCUAAGCCCUGAGGAGAAGCAGGAGCUGGACCAGCUGCUCAGCGGCCUGGAGGAGCCCAUGCACCGGCCCGGGUACCCCGCCAGCGGAGGCGGCGGAGGGGGAGGCGGAGGAAGCCUCGGAGGAGGGAUGCUCCACCUGGUGCCCGCCCAGGUCCAUGUGAACGGCCACGGCAACAGCAUGGACCGGGAGACGGAUAUCCUGGACGACGACCUGCCCAUCAGCCAGGAGGGCAACAGCGUGGACAGCCUGGGCACCCUGUCCUCCUUCGAGGGCCGGGCUACACCCGCUGACCUGUACUAUCAGCCCGAGACGGUCAUCAACGGCCAGGAUGGGCCGUAUAUAGAGAAAAGCCCCCAGCAGCAGCAGCAACAGCAGCAGCAACAGCAGCAGCAGAGGCCCCAGGAGCCGCUCACACUGGUCCGCAGCUCGUCGUCGGCGCAGGAGCGAGUGGGCGACUCGGGCCCACCGUCCAGCGGCUACGCCAGCCAGAAUGGCAGCAUCUACCGCUCACAGUCCUUCGGCUCGGAGCCGCCGCCAGCACUGUCGCUGCAGCAGAGGGGCACGCUGCCCAAGGCGCCAGCACGCACCACCAGCAGCCGCGAGGCUGUCCAGCGCGGCCUCAAUGUCUGGCAGCACUACGGCGUGCCCGAGGCGCCGCUGACCGAUGGCGUCCACUUCAGCCCGACGCUGCACAGCCACAGCCUGCCUGAGUUCCCGCGUGCCGCCACCUCGCAGCAAGAGAUCGAGCAGUCCAUCGAGGCGCUCAACAUGCUCAUGCUGGACCUGGACCCCGCGCUGACCACACAGACGACGCAGCAGCAGCAGCAGCAGCAGCAGCAGCAGCAGCCGGCCGUGCCCAAGUCCUACAGCGCACCCUCGGGGGCUGGGGAUGCCAGCGGCGUGGUCACCACCCAACCCUCCUUCUCCCAGACUCAGGCCAGGCCGUCCUACCAGGCUGAUGUUGGGGCAUCUCUGGGCAGCCACCAUGCAGCCGUGGCCCCCCAGGCCCACGUGUCUCCGGUCCAGACCCCCGGCCGCCCUGUCGAGCCGCAGGUUCAGCAGAGGCCCACCGUCAUGUACCAGCCUGGCCCGGGGGGUAUCCCCGCAUUCCCCACGGAGACUGAGGUGAUCGGACCGAACUGGACCAGCCCCGCUCCACAGGUCCAGUCUUCGGGCCCCUCGCCCACGUUCAGCCAGCUGCAGCUGAAGCCCCUCAACACGUAUCCCCCCAGCGCUGUGUCGCAUUCCCCUGAGCCUCAGGAGGCCUCUUCCCCGUACCCAGCCUCCCACAGCAGCCACUCAGUCUCCUCCUCCCCCCUCCCCAAGGAGAGCCAGCCCGAGGAGCCCGACUACAACCUGGAGGGCCUGGUUGCACACCGUGUGGCAGAGUACACCGCUCGCCUCCAGGGCCUGAGUGACGACUCCAGCACCCCGCAGCCUGAGCACCAACGCUCUCUUUCACUCUCUGGUGUUGAAUCUCGUGACCCAUCAUCCGAUGAUGGCCCAGGACGUCAGCGCACUGCCAGUGAGGGACAUUUCCCUGACCGCAGCCCCACGGAACCCGAGUCGGUCCGCUCCCCCAUCCGCUGCAUCUCCCCUGAGCUGGCCAACACCAUCGCUCUGAACCCUGGGGGCCGGCCAAAGGAGGGACCGAUGCACAGCUAUCGGGAGGCCUUUGAGGAGCCAGACGGCGGGCUUGUGAGCCCGCCACCAACCUUUGGUGGUGAGGUGUUCCCCCAAACCCCUGCCUUUCCUGUCUCACCACAAACCCCUUACUUCAACAUGUGUCGCUCUCCCCCAGGACUGGCCAAAACGCCCCUGUCCUUCCUGGGCCUGAAGCCGCACAACCCAGCCGAGAUCCUGCUCCACCAGACCGGCUCAGAGCCGCGCAGCUAUGUGGAGUCUGUAGCGCGGACAGCGGCCCUCGGAGGAGGCCCAGCAGCCCAGCAGGCUCCUGUCCCCUCCAGCCAUGAGCUGGACGGACCCGUCCGAGCGGCCACCCACUCUGGGCCCACACACGCCUUCAAUGCCCCGCUGUCCUCCAGCAGCCCCAUCGAGAGCCCUGAAAGGUCAAGCACCCUCUGGCUGACAGCAGCGCGGGCCCUGAUCUCGUCCCCUCCAACUGGCCUGGACUCUGGGUUCCGUUCGCAGCCGUCCGAGCAAAGCGCCUCCCGCACCCAAACUCCCUUCUACCCUGCCUCCAGCAGCCUGUCCGGCAGCUACAUGACCCCUGACCUCAGCCCAUCCCUGCCCGAGAGCACCCAUACUAGCCUCCCCGGCCUCCAGCCGGCCCCUGCGAGCCCUGGCACCCUGCACCGGGCCAUGGCCCCUGACGCGCCCCCCAGCCCCAGCCUCCAGCGCCGCCUGCCCAGCCACGGCAGCCCCAUCCUCGGCCGCCAGCCCUCUCCGGCUAACGGCAUUAUCCAGCCUGGCUUUGGGGCGGGCAGCCAGGUCCUGGGUCACUACCCCACUGUGUCCACGGCCACGCAGAGCAGCCCAAUGCUGAACAGGCAACCACCGGUCAGCCAGGGCACCCAGAGCAGCCCCAUCCUCAGCCGGCAGUCGCCAUACAGCCAGCCCGUCCAGAGCAGCCCGGUGCUGAGCAGGCAACCGUCCAUUGGCCAGGCCACGCAGACACAGAGCAGCCCGGUGCUCAGCCGCCAGCCGUCCAUCGGCCAGCCGGCUCAGAGCAGCCCCGUGCUGUCCAGGCAGCCUUCCCUCACCCACCCCGCGCAGGGCAGCCCUGUGCUGGGCCGACACCCGUCCAUCGGCCAGGUGACCCAGGGAAGCCCCAGCCUGGACCGCCACCCCAUGUACAGCGGCUACACCACUCCAGACGAGAGGCACGGCGCCCUGUCCCGCCAGAGCAGCUCCUCCGGGUACCAGCCACCCUCCACCCCGUCCUUCCCGCUCUCGCCCGCCGGCUACAUGGAGGGCGCCGGCUUCCGGCAGGGCAGCCCGGCCCCACCGCUGCAGCCCCAGCUGCCUGAGAAACGCCGCAUGUCCAGUGGCGAGCGUCCCAAUGGCGCCCUGUCCUAUGGCACCCUCAACGGGAAGAUGGCCUCACCCAUGUCCAGCGGGGGCAGCACGCCAAACGUGCAGUUCUUCCACACCCUUCCCGACUUCUCCAAGCUCGCCAUGUGCGAUGGGAGUCCAGAGACCAGGUUGAAUGUAAAGUUUGUCCAGGACACGUCCAAGUACUGGUAUAAGCCAGACAUAUCCCGAGAGCAAGCAAUCAGCGUGCUGAAGGACAGAGAGCCAGGGGCGUUCAUCAUCCGUGACAGCCACUCGUUCAGAGGAGCCUACGGCCUGGCAAUGAAGGUGGCCUCCCCGCCUCCCACUGUGCAGCCCAAUAAGAAAGCCGGUGACGUCACUAAUGAGCUGGUGCGCCACUUCCUCAUUGAGACGAGUCCAAAGGGCGUAAAGCUGAAGGGCUGUCCCAACGAGCCCUACUUCGGAUGCUUGUCAGCACUGGUCUAUCAGCACUCGAUUACCCCACUGGCACUGCCCUGCAAACUGGUCAUACCUACCAGAGAUCCUAAUGAUGAGGCCCCGGAGAUAGCGACACCAACAAACCCUGCAACAGAGCUCCUCAAACAGGGAGCAGUGACUAUAGGGCAGAAGGCUCCUACUGAAUCCCAUGCCUGCAACGUCCUGUAUAUCAACUCUGUGGAGAUGGAGUCCCUGACUGGACCCCAGGCCAUCGCUAAGGCCAUCUCUGAGACGCUGGCAGCCGGCCCUGCCCCCACCGCCACCAUCGUCCACUUCAAGGUGUCCACGCAGGGCAUCACUCUGACCGACAACCAGAGAAAGCUUUUCUUCAGGAGACACUACCCUAUCAACACAGUCACCUUCUGCAACACUGACCCACAGGAGAGAAAGUGGAACAAACCUGAGGGGGGCACUGCAAAGUUUUUUGGGUUUGUGGCCCGGAAGCAAGGAAGCACAACAGACAACGUCAGUCACCUCUUCGCCGAGAUGGACCCUGACCAGCCCGCCACUGCCAUUGUCAACUUUGUAUCCAAAGUGAUGAUGAGCUCCCAUAAACGAUGAUCUGCUCUUGGGGUGGAAAUGAUUUCCUUUUUUCUUCACCCCAGAGGACACUUAAUUUCAUGCCUUUGAUUUUGUUCUUUUCUUUACCCUUUUUUGAUUGUGUUAUUGUGUGCAUAUAUGGUAUGUGUGAGAGUGCAUGGAUGCGUUUGAUGUUUGUGCUGUUUUUGGGAAGGCUUCGGGAGUUGACUGAGACGGGGACAGUGGAAGUGCAGAGUGGGGGUGUGGUUGUGUCAUGUGCAUGGUGAGGAGGUGAGCUAACACUUCACCUCAAGAAGGGGUGACAAAAAAAAAUUGACAGAGGAGGUUAUGCUGAAGAAAAGCUAAUUCUAGAGGGAAGACAGUGAGGUCUGAGAUCUGGCUUUUGGAUUAAACUACCAAAGAUAAAGCAGUCAGGAUGGAUAUGUAAUUAUUGAGGAGUCCUUUAUUUAGUAAAAAUAAGGCUCUGUAAUCAGAGAUGGUCUGUGUUUCAUUUUGUUUUUCUAUACACAUUCAUUGAUACUGUCUAUAGUUUGAUUUCAUGAAGAGUGCACGUAUGCACCUACUGAUUAUAAUUUUGUCUUUCUUGUUUGAGAUGUACUUACCCUGUUGUUGAAAACUAAGGUGGGAGCUAUGCAGGCUUGUGGAUUUCAAAGGGCUUCUCUGUACAAAGAAAAAAAAACAGACCAAACUGUUAUAAUCAAAUACACUGUGGUCCAAAUUCCACUUUGUUUUUUUUUUCAUCUUAUCUAUUUCUUCUAAUACUUUUAUUUGUUUGUGGGCAUUUCUGAUAAUGCCAUUGAAGUCUUAUUCUAGUCAAUCCUUGAGCACCUAGAUUUCAGUGGACGUGGAGCCUGAUGGUUCAGCACUGCUCCAUGUCAGUGGACAGGGCAGGGGGGGGUCAGGGCACGGUGACAGGAUCCGACUGGCCUGUCACUCCGCCGCUCCACCUCAGCCUCCACCUCAACUCCACACUGUGGCUACUCUUCUGGGGCGUCCCACUCGAACCUUUGAGCACACUGGAGGAGGCUCCCAGGCUGGGAUGUUUGCACUGUUCAGCAUGUUCUAGUCCACACAUAGCCUCCAGCUAUCCACCCCACGCUCACCUCAGCCCUCUGUCUGUCUGCUACUGUGUGGACAUGAGUGUGUUUGUGUGUCUGUGUGUGUGUGUGUCUCACUCUCAACGGUGGCAUUUGUUUAUGUCACGGACCAUGAGAGAUAGCAGUCCAGAGAGAUGGGACUUGCACCUGCUGUUGACCCCACCAGCUGCAUCCUCUGUCUGUCUGUCUGUCUGUCUGUCCCCCGUUGACUACUUCUCUCCAGUAGUUCACUCUCUGGCUUCUCCCUACAAGUCUCACAGGCACCUGACAAUGACUUUUGUAGUACUAAAGUAGCUUCAAAUCACUACGCUGCUGCAGGCCUUACUUUUAAAAGACAAAAUUAAAAAAAAUACAAACACACAGACAUCAUACCCUAAAGUAAGCUAUAUAUAUAUGAAAAACUUUAAGAAGUGACUCUACUAAAAUAUUUAUUGUUUUAUUUUUGUGUGUUUUGUUUGUUUUUUUGCUAUGUUGCUCUAUGUUAACUCAUAUAUACAUAUUAUAUUGUAUAGUCUACAUAAAAAUUACUGACGGAAUGAAAAAAAGUACUCUGUAUUUUCGCUAAGGUUUCAAAAUCAUUGCAUUUUAAAGCAUUCACUUGCAUAAGAUGUAAAAUGUAUGUAUUCUAAAUCUUAUCAUGUUUUGAAUAUUUUCCUUUGGUUUUACGCUUGCGUCUGACUUUUGCUCAUUAGGCUGAAGUAUGCUUCUAAGGAGAGACUGUGGUAGAGGGAAGAAAGAGUAUUGUUUGUAAAAAAAACAAAAAAGGAAAAAAAUAACAAUGAAAUGUUAAAUGCGGUGUUGAGGCUCUUGUAUCAACAGAAAAUAUCUGAGGACUCAUUUGAGUAGGCAAAUCAGUGGAAGAAACACAAGAUAAAGGCUACAGUUUUAUUAUUGUCAAUUUCUUUUUUUAUCCUCUGUCUCUUGACUCACCUGCAAAUAAUGGCCAAUGCCAAUACAUAUAGUGCCCAAGAAGCCACCCCAGUUUGCCACAUUUAAAUGAAAGUAUUUUGUUAGCUGCUGCCAUCCUGUGGUGUAGUGAAAUAUUGCCACCAUUUAGACCAGUCACAUUAUACUUACACUGUCCUCUUGAUAACUACUACAGUGUUUUAGCUGUUAUUUCUAAUAUACAACCCUUAUAGAAGUAAAAAGUAAUGGCUAAUAUUUUAGCUUUCCAGUGACCAUUGCAUUUAGUGGUUUAAGAUAUAUUACAAAGGUCAGAAAUAAAUGAAGAGGUGUGUUUCAUCAAUCAAUUAUGUUGUGGUAAAUGACCACCUCCCACAAGUGCAUGUGUAAAUACUUUGUUUCUCGCCAAAGAUUCAUCUCUUGCGUGUGCUUUCAUUUGGUUUUAGAUCACGCUGUCCUUUCUUUUAAUAUCCAGAAACAUGCCAUCUUAAUGAUGAAGCAAUGUCCUAUUCUUAAUAUGAAGUCACUUAUUUGGGAGGGCAUCAGGCAGCAACAGACCCUUUCCUGAGGUGUAUAGUAUGUUUUAGACGUACAGUUCUACUCAAAUAAUUUUUUGCUAAGCACUUACUUACUUCUGGUAAUAUUAAAGAAGAAUAUUAUAAGAAAUCAAAAACACAACACAGCAGCUUUGCUAUUUCACUACUCUGAAUUACACUUAUAUCAUUUUGAAAUUAAAAUGCACAAAAAUAUGUUUUAGAAUGUGCGAGCACCAGUAGCUUGUUCAGACAUAUUUAAAAUUGGGUAAUGACUGCAUUGUAAACUACAUUUCUUAUUUAUUCUGUUGUCCAACUCGCCACCGAUAUUGAUUGACUACAGGACAGAACAAAAUAGCUCAUGUUUGUUGUAUUGAUAUUUUUUUCUGAUAUAAUACAUGUCAGGAGAUAGACAGGAACCUUCAACCAUAUAAUGUUGAUACCUAUGACAGUGGUUUGUGUACUUUUGAAAGUGUUGUGUCCUUUUAAACAUGUCCACAUAUGGACUAGCUUUUGAACUAGACUGUGUGAAUGUGCUUCUUGCUGUACAGACCAUGUAUUUUUAUUUCCCUCAUGUAUGGCUUCUUUAUUUUCAAACACAUGUUAAAGAGCAAUACAAAUAAGUUACAUUAAAAUAUACUGUUGCUUGAAAUUA